CGCCAUCUUGAACCGAAACAAAAUCACGGGCAGAUCCCGCUCGCGCUGUUCCCGUGCGUCUCUACGCUCGCGCUCUCAUACCGCGAUCACCCGGUUCAGCUCACGAAUAAGCCGCACUGAAGGCUCGAGGCAGAGACGGAGGCGAUGAUGGCAGGGGUCGGUGGAAGCAAUGACUUCCAGUGGUGCUUCUCCCAGGUGAAAGGAGCCAUAGACGAAGAUGUUGCUGAAGCGGACAUUAUCUCAACUGUUGAAUUUAACUAUUCUGGGGAGUUACUAGCCACAGGAGACAAAGGGGGAAGAGUCGUCAUAUUUCAGCGGGAACAGGAGAGUAAAAACCGCCCACUCUCGAGAGGGGAAUACAAUGUGUACAGCACUUUUCAGAGUCACGAACCUGAGUUUGAUUACUUGAAAAGUUUAGAAAUUGAGGAGAAGAUCAAUAAAAUCAGAUGGCUCCCGCAACAGAACGCUGCACACUUUCUGCUCUCCACAAACGACAAAACCAUUAAACUAUGGAAGAUCAGUGAAAGGGACAAACGAGCGGAAGGAUACAACCUUAAAGACGAAGAUGGAAGACUGCGAGAUCAGUAUCGAAUCACAUCACUACGGGUUCCUGUAUUGAUGCCGAUGGACUUGAUGGUGGAAGCCAGCCCGCGCAGAAUAUUUGCAAACGCACAUACAUAUCACAUCAAUUCCAUUUCAGUAAAUAGUGAUUAUGAAACAUACCUUUCUGCAGACGACCUCAGAAUAAACCUCUGGCAUUUAGAAAUCACAGAUAGAAGUUUUAACAUUGUAGAUAUUAAGCCAGCCAAUAUGGAAGAGCUGACAGAGGUGAUAACAGCGGCUGAGUGCCACCCACACCAGUGUAAUGUCUUUGUAUACAGCAGUAGUAAAGGAACCAUCCGCCUCUGUGACAUGAGGGCCGGCGCGCUUUGCGAUAGACAUAGCAAAUUUUUUGAGGAGCCAGAAGACCCCAGCAGUCGGUCGUUCUUCUCGGAAAUCAUCUCUUCCAUAUCUGACGUCAAGUUCAGCCAUAGUGGCAGAUACAUGAUGACCCGGGAUUACCUCUCUGUGAAGGUCUGGGAUCUGAACAUGGAGAACCGGCCUGUAGAGACCUACCAGGUACACGAGUAUCUACGUAGCAAGUUGUGCUCGCUCUACGAGAAUGACUGCAUUUUCGACAAGUUUGAGUGCUGUUGGAAUGGUUCAGACAAUGCCAUUAUGACUGGUUCCUACAACAACUUCUUCAGGAUGUUUGACAGGAACACGCGCAGGGACAUCACAUUGGAGGCCUCACGGGAGAACAGUAAACCCCGUGCCAUGCUCAAACCGCGCAAGGUCUGCACCGGCGGCAAACGGAAGAAAGACGAAAUCAGCGUGGAUAGCCUGGACUUCAAUAAGAAGAUCCUACACACCGCCUGGCACCCGAAAGAGAACGUCAUAGCUGUGGCCGCCACCAACAACCUGUAUAUAUUCCAGGACAAAAUUAAUUAAAAAUAAAAAGAGAGAGAGAGAGAGAGAGUGAUUUAAGAAGAAAAAAACUAAAUCAAGAUAAAGAAAUAUCCCCCCAUCCCCAUUUCCCCCGGCGCAGAUCGGAGGACACUCGGAAAGUCUUGUACUUUGCAAUGUUAAUCCUAGUCGUUAAAUCUGUAAGAGAAAAAUGGCCCUGUUUUGUUCUGACGAAGAAUUGAAGUACUUGUUUUUCCAUGCGUAGACAAGGGAGACCGUAUAUUUUAAAAAAUGCUCUUCAAUAGGACAAAAUAAUUCGCAAUGACCCCUUCCACACACCAAAAAGCAAGAAGAACACCAAUAUGAACCUCAAGCAACGGAAUUGACGAACACCAAUCAGCAUUAAAAGGCUAGAUCUAGUCAUACAUGUAUUCGUCUUUCGGCUGAGCCUUAUGUUUUUAGGAUUUGAUGACCAAAAGUAUGGAACACACCACAGGAUGAGUAUCGUCUCGCUGUCAAAUUAGUAUGUACUCACUGUUUGACUUCAAAUCCAGGCCUUCAUGAUGUUUCGUUCACAGCUGUUAACAUUCCUUCCCCUGGCCCAACUCUCAGGCCUUGAUGUUCUACCUUUUUAAGCACUUAAAACAGGUCUCCAUUUUUGUCAGUGGACAGUUGUUUUCGUUUUUAUUUUUGUUCUGGUUUUAUUUUGUAAGUUUUUCUUGUUUUCUCAUGCAUAAUAUUAUCUACUCACUGACUGUAUCUAUAUAUUACACCAACUGGUGUCAAACCACUUAAUAAAAGUAACAUAACUACAAAGAGAAAGCGUUUUCUACAUUGUGAGCAGGUAUGUAUGAUUAUUACGUUUUAUAUUUGCAUGUAGAUCUGGAGCGCCAGUGGUAAAAAUGUGAAAUCAACCUGCUGUUCCCGUAUUAGCAGCAUUAUAGGGGAAUUCCACCCAAAUAUAGGAAAUAAUUGUCAUGUACUGAUUUACAGCAACAAAAACGCAGCCUGCUUUUUAAGUCUAAAAAUUCAUUUUCUUGAUCAGUAUUUUGUAUUUUGAGAUUAUAUCUUCAGCUUAGCUUUCCUAUGCAAUUGGCAAAUAUAAAAAAAAAAAUAUUAUAUAAAUAUGUUUUUUUUUUGGUAGAUUUAUGCUUCAAACUAAAACAUUGCCUAGGGGGUAAGGAAUGGAAACCUAAUUUAAGACAUUCUCUGAAAACAAGUUAAUAUAUUUUGUUUCUCUAGUAAAUGUAUCUUGCUUAAAGGAUGUUUUUACUGACCAAGACCAAAAUACUGAUUAAGAUUUUUUUAAGCAGUAUAAUAAAGGAAAGUUCUGGGUUCAAUACGAGUUGAGCUCAAUCGACAGCAUGUGGCAUGAUUAUUACCAGAAUACAUUCGACUCGUCGAAUUAAAAAAAACAACAACAAUGGAAGUGAAUGGGGCCAGUUGGUAAAUGUUCAGAUAUUAAUUGUUUCAUAAGUAUAGCCACAAGAUGUAAACGUUCUAUGCGUUAACAUGAUUUCAAUGCAAUAAAAUAGCUUGCUAACCUUAUCUCUGUAAAAUUGCAUCCAAUAGCACAACUUGGUUGCCAUGACGACGCAAUGCCGUAAACCUUGUAAGUGAUUUUACCACACUAAAACCAUGUAAAACAGAUUUAAAACAGGCUAAAGUCAUGGUAACAUGUAUAAUAUUUAUGUCUUGUGGCUUUAAUUUUGAAAUGUUGUGUUUUUAAAAGUUUAUAGAGUGGCCCAAUUCACUUCCAUUGUAGGUGCAUUACUGUUACCACAUCUUUUUUUUAUUUAUCUUUUUUAUAAACAAGGGACGAGUCAAUUAUUUUCUUUAUUAUUAUUUUUUUUAAAAAUUUUUGUUAUCAACAUUGUCACAAAUGCUGUCAAUUUAGCUUAACUUGUAUUGAAAAUGGAAGAUUCCUUUUAAUGAGCUGAAUAAAUUAGUGACAUUAAGAAUUCAUGGAGUUGUUGAGAGAAUUCCUUUCUUAAUCUGCCAUUUGGGAAGCAAAUGUCCGUAUUUUACUACUUGAAUUUGCGGUGGCACUGUAUGAUGGAGGACCUUGCCAUAAGUUUCAGUAUUUCCGUCAGUUUUGCUUUCGAUUCAGUUUCCAUUUUGGUAUCAGAGGAUUUUCUUCCACCUUACGUCUGUCUGUAUGUCCCAAUCAUUCGCGCCCAGUAACCUAGAUGAGCUCUUAAAUGAAGACUAGAUGAGCUCUUAAAUAUCCCCAGUCGCCAAAUGCAGUGCCCUUCAAACCCCUUUUUGCCCCUUUUUUUAACACUCCAUUUGUCCGUUUAUGUGCUGCUACAGUUUGUGCAGCUUAGUAUGCUAAGUCAAUGCUAAUAGAGACAUGCUGUCAGUGACCAUCGUAGAACACUCAAAUCAAAAACAGUGUGUUGAGUGCCUCUUAUAAAGCGAUAGUUAACCCCCCAAAAAUUAAAUACGUCCUUUAUUUGCCCUCAUGCUGUUCCAAGCCUUUUUUUUUUUUCAUGGAACUUGAACAGAGAUGUUGGGCAGGAUGACCGCCUAAGUCACCAUUCACUUUCAAUAUAUGUAAUGAAACAAUUGGAACAACAUGAGGGUGGGUAAAUAAUGGCAGAAUUUUCCUUUUAGGAUGAGCUAUACCUUUAAGACAAAACUGUCUUUCUUCCAGUCAAUCAUGUCAAACAAUGAUCAUGUGCUGAUUUUGAGAAUUGAUGUGUCAAUUCCUGUACAAAAGAAAAAUGUUUGGGCAAGAAAUAUUUGUGCAGAAAAUUGAUCUAAAUGGAUAUAUCUCACAUCAGGACACGGCUUAAAGAAACCAGUGAUGCAGUUUGUUCUGCUGAAGUUUGACCAGCAGCUACAAAACUGAUGUGAAAAUGACAAAUGACAAAAGUUGAUGUAUAGUUGAUUGUGACGCUCUUUAAAUCUAGGGACUGACAGGUCAGCUAGAUAAUCUCACAGACCUUGUUCCCUGUUAAAUGAUGAUGAUGAUGCUAACAUUGUGAAAGUGUACACUUGUUUGAUUAUUUUUGACCAAAGUUAAAUAAAAUUUUAAUUGUGUUUAUCUGAAUCAACACUCUGCGCAACACUGAUU